AUGAUCAAAAAACCAUAAUUGUUAAAUCUACCUUUCAAGCCAACCACCAAUGAACCAGAGGAUGACUCUUCUAAGGCACAAAAGCAAACUAUCGAAAAUUCAUUUGAUAUCUCUUAAAAAUUAUUGUAUGCAUUCGAAAAACCAACUAUCAAUACAAAAAAUGCUAAUAGCUGUAGAAAUAGUACUGGAAGAUUAUCAGCUUUUGAUUUUUUGAAUUCAAGCACUACUAAAGCCAAUGAAAAGAAAACUUUCUCGAUUACAUUAAACUAUUUUAAAAAUGAUAAAAGCAACAUUGGAACAACCAGAAAGUCUACAAAUUUGUAUGGAUUCUCAAAGGUGUCAUCCAAAGUGAGAUGA